AUGGCGCGGAACGGCUAUAAGGACCUUAAGGACGCUCCCUAUGGCAAUGGCAAUGCGUUUGCAGCGCCCCCAGACUUUGGAUUGCCCCCAGGUUCAGAUGAUUACGAUCCAUUUGGAAAGAGCUACGAAAACCGAUAUGGAACCCCUCCUAUGCAAUCACCUCCUCCUCCCACGUUGCGAUCUAAUCCCUCGAUGUCACGAACCUCUCCCCCCACGUCACGAUCUUCUCCCCCGGUGUCGCGUUCGGCCCAAUCUCGUUCACGAGCAGCACCGGAGAGUAGGGCGGAAAGGCAGAUAGGGGAGGUUCUUGAGCAUAUCAAGGCAGAAUGGCCUGCGAUGUGCCAGAACGAAUGCGUCCCUGUCCAUAUUGCACUUCAACUUCUGGACACGAGCUCUGUUGGCCGGGCACAUGAGUACCGCCAGUUCGAAAAGACGCAUAAAUACCUACAGGAUUCGCUCAAAGCCAUUGUCCACGAACACCACCAAGGCUUCAAUAGUUCGAUCGGUACAUUUCAUAAAAUCCAAGCAAGCAUACAAGCUUCCCAAAAGCGUGUGCGUCAACUGAAGGAAUCGUUAACCCAAUCCAAGGCAAGUCUUUCGACUACGGACCCUGAACUACGGAAGCUAGGAGCUGCUUCAAAUACAUACGAUGAUUUGCUACAUACCCUUUCAGAGGUGGAAGAUCUGCGGUUGGUACCUGAUCAGUUGGAGGCGCGAAUUUCAGAGAAGAGAUUCUUGACGGCGGUGGAUAUACUACAAACUGCGCUACGACGUAUACGAGUCCCGGCUUUGGAUGAAAUAGUGGCAUUGAGUGAUUUGAGGACCUAUCUUGCCAAUCAAGAGACCGCGUUGACAGAUAUUUUGAUCGAAGAGCUCCAUGACCAUCUAUACCUAAAGUCUCCCUACUGUCAGGAACGAUGGCAGACGCUGGCGAAAGAGCGCGGUGGCACAGGCAGAACCCAACUUGACAACAAAUCCACUGUGCGGCCGUUUUACGAGGUUCUGGAUACGAUAGAUCUCGAAGAGCCAAUGGUGGAAGAGCCAUCUAGGAAUCCUGAAGCGGACACCUUCUACUAUAUUGGGUUAUUAGUAGAGUCGCUGAACAAGCUGGGCCGUCUAGAGACAGCCGUCAAUACGAUUAAGCAGCGGCUGCCCGUCGAGCUCUUUGGUAUUGUCAAUGAAACAAAUAGCGAGGUUGACCAAAGACAUCCCAGCUCUCUACGAGGUGGUCUGUCCAACGCCCAAGGCAAUCAAACUUAUGGGAGUCGGGAGAAUAGCAUCCGCGCCGAUGUCAUAUAUGAUCUUCUGUGGGCUCUCUAUGCAAAGCUGGAGUCUAUUGCGGAAAGCCACCGUGUAUUUCAUGAUGCUGUGAAAGCAAUUGUACGCCGAGAAGGGGCAGGGAACUCGGCGGUGCUCCUGGGAGGCUUUAAAGAGCUUUGGAAUCUGUAUCAGAACGAAAUCCGGUCGCUAUUGCAUAACUAUGUCACCACUGAUGCAGACGUUUAUCACUUCAACUCUCCCACGAAGCCAGGAGCCUCCAAACAGGAUUCAAAGCGGGAACAACUAUUUCAGUUUUCGGACGCCGACUCGAAGUCUGUUCAAAUGACGACGGAAUAUCAAGAUCUUGAAGGAAUCAUAAGGGCCGCAGUUCCUGGAUUGAUGUCGAAACAGGGCGGUGAUGGCAAGAAGCAACAGGUCAACAGAACUGAUAGCACGAUAGGACGAAGUGGGUCACGGCGAAUAGGUAGCACUUCUGCCUAUGACGGAAAACCUGCGGGUAUCGGAGCCCAUAAGUCGCUAGUGGAGCCAAGUGUUUUCAAUAUGAGCUUGCUUUUACCUCCAACUCUUGGUUUCCUGCAGAGGCUGAAAACUAUUGUUCCACCAGGCUCGGAUCUAGUCACUAGUACCCUUACCUCGUUUCUAGACAAUUUUCUGGUCAAUGUCUUCCUUCCUCAACUAGACGAGACUCUGGGGAAACUCUGUGACUCUGUAUUUGAUGAUUCGGAUUCUUUCCAGGAAGAUCCACAGUGGAUGAAUGUUGCCAGGCGGCCGAUUUUCAAAGGCACGUCGGCUUUCUUUGCUCUGAUCACAGCAUUCUGCAAAAUGCUUGACACGAUACCUCAUGAUCAAGCCCUCAGUCAACUCAUCAUUACUCAAAUGAUGAGAUAUUAUGAUCGAUGUUGUGACUGGUUUAAAUCCUUGGUGUCUCGGGUACAAGACUCUGGGAGACUUACGCUCAAGCUUUCCGCCGUUCUAGCCACUGGACCAGGGGAAGUUCAUGAAACCAUGAAGAAGCUCUGGACCUCAGAAGGGGAGGAUAAGCACCUACUCGAAAAAGAGACGGGCUUGCUUAUCCUGCAGACUAAUGAGAACCAUCUGCGGCUAGAUGAUAUCAUAUUGGAUCGUGAGACCAUCUCAUCGCUAUGUAUUCUGUACACCAGCAUGAAAUGGCUCGCCAUUAAGGUCGGCCAUCUUCGUCACAUCACGCAUAAUAAUACAGACUCUUCCAGCAGUGCGAUUCAAAAACCAGGUAAUAGACGGUGGACUCUUGUGAAUGAUGCUUCGGGUUUGCAAGAUGACCAGAAUCCGGUCUACCUACCAAUGACACAGGAGACUGUAGUGGCUUUUGACUCUAUAGUUUCAUCGUAUCAGGAACUUGCCGGCACGGUGCUUCUGACGCUGCAUAUGGAGAUUCGCUGUCAGAUAAUCCACUCGCUUUCCGUCGCCCUGUCACCUGAAUCAGCGCCCUAUCUCCUCGAGCAAGUGGUCAAUGAUCCGGAUCCGAAGAUAUUGAGUCUUAACGCCGACCUUGUCUCAUACGAGGAAACGAUUGUACGCUUCCUCCGUGACAAAGAGAUAGCAUUUGUGCGCACGGGCUUAGGGCUCUUAAUUGACAACUACCUCGUCACCAACGCUGCGAUGGUGAAAGCCAUGAACAGCCACGGCUGCGGACGGAUGCAACUCAACAUCCUUGUCCUGCAACAAAACCUCAAGAACAUCGAGGCGGAGGUGAGUCUUGACCGGGCCGCGAGAUACUUCGACCUGUUCACCGAGGGACCGGAUGCCGUGAUCAACCAGGCCAAGGAGGCCAGCCAGGACGCGAGCGGUGACAGAGACUUGUUUAGCUAUGACGAGCUAAAGACCCUGAUUGAGUUGUGUUAUAGCGAGCAGCUGUCCAGUCCGGAGAGGGGGAUCAGCACGGUGGCGAAGAGGGCUAUGGGGGAGCAUAUGUUGCAGCUGAUCAACGGCGCUGGACACGCCACUGCGAAACAUUACACAGCACACAAACGCCUACUCAAGCAGCCACUGGGAAUCCUCGAAGCCGCAGCACGGCGGCUUAGGUGCGAGGCGGUGGUGGGAUGGAUGGCUCGUAUCGAGCUCCGCCGGAAGUACCGAUGGAGUGGUUGGCUGCACUGCGUGCUACUGAUUACUGGACUUCGUAAUCCAAUCCGCGAAACUUCAUCAUCUACGUUCCUUUUCGAUCUUCCGCCCACGAACACACCCAACAUCCAAGCCUCAACACCCAAACGGCCACCCACGCUCACUACCGUAUUUACGUCCUUCGUUCAUCCUCCUCUCUAUCUCCCUCCCCCAUCUCUCAUCUCUCCUCCCUCCCUCCUCGCCCUCCCUCCCCCUCCUCCUUCGAAAGCACAUCCACCGCCAACCAGGCCGAAUCCAGAGUCCCUUUCCAAACUGUCUGAUUCUGCCGUCACUGAACCAUCGCCAGACAUGGCGUCGUUCGGUUCCGCGUUCAAGUCCUUCUGGCAUACCAUGACCAGCUACGACCGACAUUCCUCCUACGAUUCUCCUUACCAGUCCGGCAGACACGUCCCCCUCGCACAAAGUCGACAUGAACCUCUCACCUCCGUCGCAACGACUGCCUCGGAAUCCCGCGGCGAUGUUAGUUCCCCCUAUCUCGAGGAUGGCGGGAGGCAUUCCACCUCGGCCCUGAAUGGUAGCGCCUACCCUGGCUCGCCCACUACCAACCCGCAAAGUCCUGGACGCUCUCCAUACUCUCCUGGCAUGAGAUCGCAGAAUGCCUUGCAACACACAAGUACAAAUGAGACGUUCGAGAAUGUUACCCCUGGCGAGAUCCAAUUACAGGCUUUUCAGGAGGGCCUUCCUCCACCGCCCCCGGUUUCUCAUUCCUGGAAGCGAAUUGAUCGGUGGGCCGAGGAGAAUUACGAGGAAUUGUUUGACAAUCUCUGCGAGGGCUGCACAAAUAAUGAUCUAAAUGAAUUGGAGCAUCAGUUGGACUGCUCGCUCCCAAUGGAAGUUCGCGAGUCGCUGCAGGUUCAUGACGGGCAAGAACGCGGUGGCCUCCCAACUGGCAUCGUUUUCGGGUGCAUGUUGCUAGAUUGCGAAGAGAUGGUACAAGAAUGGGAGAAUUGGAAGAAGGUCAAUCAGGAGUACCUUAACCAGCCGGUCAACUACAAGCCUGCAACACCGUCAAAGGCCCUCGGCGGAAGCUCAUCGUCCUCUUCAUCAAAGACCCAGGCCAACCAAGGUGGAAAUAUCCAUUGGAGACAGGAAUUGCUCGCUCGCCAGGAUUCUCAGCCGCCAAAUGCCAUCCAAAAGGUGUACGCACACCCGGCAUGGAUUCCUCUGGCUCGCGAUUGGGGUGGAAACAAUUUGGCUAUCGAUCUUGCUCCUGGUCCGGCUGGGAAAUGGGGCCAGGUUAUCUUGUUUGGGCGGGAUUAUGACUGCAAGUACGUGAUUGCGCGGUCUUGGUCUGCCUUUUUAGCUACCGUCGCAGACGAUCUUAACAGCGGCAAAUGGUUUGUGGACGAAGAGACCAAUGAACUUAAAUUGAGGGAAUUCAAAGCAAGCAAAGUUGAGCCUGCUUAUCUGGAUAUCUUGAGAUGGAGAGCCGACCAAAAGUACGGACGCAGGGGCGCGAGACGCCGAUCAGCGCAACCAGCUGGGAGAGCCGGAAGUGGAUCUCCUGGUGGCUCACCAUAUGCGAGUCCAACAGCUGAGGUAGGAGAGCCUCGUGGACGUUCGAUGCAACGAUUCAGUGGAGCUUCACCUGUUGCAAGCCCCAACCGCCCAAAUUACGGAAAGUCCAGUCCCCUAGCCCGGGUUACGGAGGAGACCUCAGCACCCAACAAAGCUGCCGCGGCUGGAAUGCCAGCCGAGAAGCUCGUGGAAGUCGAGACACCGAGACCAAGUCAAGAGCAAAAGCCGAAUAAAAAUCUGGACUUAUUACUAGCGCCCGGUACGCCAGACGAUGACAAGGAGAAUACCAAGAUUGGGGAGUCAGAUGAGGCUGGUACUGGGAAAGUGAACGGCAACGCAAAGAAAGCUACGGUUGAGGAUGACAAUGAGGCUGCGAUGAAGACGAUCGAGAUAUAA